CAGGCAAGGCAAGUUGAUACUUUACAAUCUGCAUUCGCACAAAAUAGUAUACGAGUUCAAAGGAUGGGGUUGUGCAGUGCUUUGCAUCCAACAGUCUCCAGCCAUAGAUGUUGUGGGCGUUGGUUUGGAAGACGGACGAGUUAUUAUACAUAAUCUACGCACAGAUAAGAGUGUGUGCGUAUUCAGACAGGAAUGGGGUCCCGUCACCAGUAUCACUUUCAGAGACGAUGAACACCCUGUGGUGUGUGCAAGUGCUGGUUCAAAGGUGAUCAUGUGGAACUUGGAGAAGCGCCGACAGCUGGGUGUAAUGGCUAUGCCCCACGACGGCUCAACAGUCACGUGCGCCAAGUUCUUGCCCUCGCAGCCCAUUCUGGUUACGUCUGGCACGGACAAUUCUGUGCGCAUGUGGGUAUACGAUCAGGUACGUUGA